AUGGAACCCCCCCUCCUCCUCCUCCUCCUCCUCCUCCUCCUCCUCCUCCUCUUCCUUUUUCCUUACUCUUAUUCUCUAGUUCCCUUACCGUUUGAGGCUACUAAGCACUUGAGUUGCUCAAAGGCCGCCGAGGAGGGGAAAAUAAGACGAAGGGAGAGUACAUGUACAUGCAUAUUCCUGAAUGAUGGGAUGACUCCGAUCAACGGAAUCUCUAUCAAGCCGAAAGGACGAUCAAAGGAAGAAGAAGAAGAAGAAGAAGAAGAAAACAAAAAAGGCGAAGAAGAGAAAGAGAACAAGGAAUGA